AUGGGGGAGCUGUCCGCGGUGCUGGCCGCCCCGCGCCCCGCCCCCAGGCCCGGCUGGCCCGUCCGGGCGCAGAACGACACGGAGCCCAUCGUGCUGGAGGGCAAGUGUCUGGUGGUGUGCGACUCGAACCCGGCCGCGGACUCCAAGGGCUCCUCUUCCUCCCCGCUGGGGAUCUCGGUGCGAGCGGCCAACUCCAAGGUCGCCUUCUCGGCCGUGCGGAGUACCAACCACGAGCCGUCCGAGAUGAGCAACAAGACGCGCAUCAUUUACUUCGACCAGAUUCUAGUAAAUGUGGGUAACUUCUUCACGCUGGAGUCUGUCUUUGUAGCUCCCAGAAAAGGAAUUUACAGUUUCAGUUUUCACGUAAUUAAAGUCUACCAGAGCCAAACAAUCCAGGUCAACCUGAUGUUAAAUGGCAAACCCGUCAUAUCUGCCUUCGCCGGAGACAAAGACGUGACUCGUGAGGCUGCCACCAAUGGAGUCCUCCUCUACCUGGAUAAAGAGGAUAAGGUGUACCUGAAACUGGAGAAAGGUAACUUGGUCGGAGGUUGGCAGUACUCCACGUUCUCCGGCUUCCUGGUGUUUCCCCUCUAGAGCCUGCUCCUGGGGCGUCCGGCAGGGAGGCGGCCCGCCUGGCUGCCGUGAAGAUCAUCUUCUCAUCAUCGGAGUGCUGUCCUUUGUUGAUUUCUCAUGGGUGAACAUGGAUUCUCCUUAAGGAUUCUAGGCCCGUCCAGACCAACACAAAGGCUCGCAGGUGACGCGUGUGUGGGUUCCAUGUGUCGGAUGGGGACCCCAGCGGAUGAAGCCUCGCCCUGGCCACUGUACCGCUGCCGAGCUGCCUGCCGGGUCCUCUGAUUUUAAGUCCCUGGAAUUACUGAAUUCCUUGCAGAGGUGGAAUUUUAUUUGUUUAUUUUCAAAAGACUGCCAACCGGGCCCAAGAAGGAGAAAACUUGGAAGUUCGGACUUGAGACCGUGGUUAGUGUGUUUUUGCCAAAGAACUGUGUGCUGUGUUCCUCUGUUGACCAGGCUUGUUUUUCUUCCUUUGGAAUCUGUUUGUUUUGUUCUCUUAAGGUGACUGAGAAUUGUUUUUCAGUGACGGUUUUGUGUCUUCUCUACCAAGAGGGUGAUGGAUGGUCUGCCCGUCAAUGUACCCGAUGAGCUCCCCCAAAUGACUUCCCCUAGAGAAAAUAAGAAAAGAAGGCUUCAUAGUUGUAUUUUAAUUAUAUAUGUGAAAGAGUCAUAUUUUCCAAAUUAUUAUAUUUUCUAAUAGGAAGAAUAGAUCGUAAAUCUGACAAGGAGAAAGUUGCUUACCCGUGUUCUAACUGCUCAGUCUGCCAACCUCCACGACCAGUUCUCCUCCCUGGGAAAUCUUACAGUUUUUUGCUCAACUUUAAUUAACAUGAUUGAUAAGAACCAUUUUAUUAGAAACCUGAGGGAUUUUUUUUCUUUAGACAUGACCACUUUAUUAACCAGAGAUGGGAUGCCCUUGUUUUUAAUUAUGCCUAUUUUUCAAAUCUUCUCUUAUGUUUCAAGUAUCAUCUGGUUUUGCCUUAAUUCCUGAAGUUGUAUAUAUUUAUCUGUUGAACUAAUAUAAAUCCCAAUAUCCCAUAUCUAAACUUAGUGCAAUACCUUAUUUUGUCUUUUGUACAGGUCAUAGGAAUUCAUAAAAUUAUUUAUGUCUGUUACAGAAUAAAG